GGACCUAAACUUUAAAGAUUAUCAUCUGGCCUUCUCAAUCCGGCGAGUAAGAGUCCGGUGAACUGCCCGAUAUGAGAGGCAUCAUCGGAUCCCUACUUUUCUCUAUAUGUAAGAUGUAUAUAUAUAAGUGUUGGGUAUUGCCGCAUUCUAGCUAUCUUGCUGUUGAUGUCUAAUGUUGCACAUUUGAAUCAACAACUCAACACUGCCAGCACAUUUCUAACUAAACAGAAAGCCCGUUCAGCCUCACCUCCAACUUAUAUCUACUGCUGCAAAUAAGCCCACCCAGGUCAGCACCAAAACCUGAAACUUACUUUCUCUCUUCAGUAAUUCAUCAUGUCGGGGAACGAUGCAAGCAAUAACUCUGCCGAAGUCAAGCAAUAUUUCUUAAUCACAAAUGUUACGGCAUUCGACGACCAAAACACCGAGUUCGACCUUCAGGGAGAAGCAUGGAGGCUACCAUACAGUAUCGACGACUCUGAUCUGACUUUCGACGGGACACCAUUGAACAUGUUAUACGAAGAGAAUCGAUAUAUGGCAGAAGAGCAUGUGACCAACUGCUCACAUGAUUCCAAAUCACCUGACAGAUCUGCAGAACGCGGAAGAAGUCGCCAGAAGGAGUAGAUUGAUUUUCCAGUAAUAGCUACGAGCUUACCGUUUCAAACAAUACUGUGAAUUAUUCUCCUCUGCAACAACUUUCUACUCGAAAUGGAUUACAAUGGACGCA